UUUGCAAACAAAUGUUUUUUUAUUCCUGUAAAUUCAAAAUAAAUUAUUUUGUACUAAAAUCAUGUGGUCAUCAGAUGAGCUGCUAUUCCGCAACUUUACAGACUUGAAGAACCUAAAAUUCGACGAUGAAAAAUUAUCUACAACGACCUCAAGAGAACAGCAAAAAACUGAGGAUUCUGUGGAGAAAUGUUACGAUCGUUUUCAGCAAAUGCAAUUCCUCAACCCACGUGUGGCACAGCUGAACCGCAUACAACACCAGCAGUAUUUGGAUCAAAUGUUGCUAAAUCUACCCAACAAUUACCAGUGCCUAGAUAGCAGCCGUCCUUGGUGUAUAUAUUGGACACUACAAUCAGCGCAGCUGCUUAACUUUAGUUUCCCUCAAGAAACACUUGACAAUGUAGUGCAAUUUCUGAGCAAGUGUCGCGCUGCAACUGGCGGCUUUGGCGGCGGACCAGGUCAAUAUGCCCACCUGGCUCCUACUUAUGCAGCCGUCAACAGCCUGUGCAUUAUUGGAACUAAAAAUGCUUAUCGUGCCAUUGAUCGGGACUCACUUAUAAAAUUUCUGUUCAGUGUGCGAGAAGCAGAUGGAUCAUUCCGAUUGCACGUAGAUGGUGAAACCGAUGUGCGCGGUGCCUACUGUGCCAUAUCCUGCGCCAAGCUGCUAAAUGUUCCAGCCCCGGUGGCAAAUGAACUUUUCGCUGGCACAGCAGAUUGGAUUGCUCGCUGCCAAACAUAUGAGGGUGGAUUCGGAGGCGCACCGGACUUGGAAGCACAUGGUGGUUACACGUUUUGCGGCAUCGCUGGGCUAGCACUGCUUAACCAGGCGGACAAAUGUAACCAGAAGGCACUGCUCCAAUGGACGCUACGUCGCCAGAUGAGCUACGAAGGCGGUUUUCAAGGGCGCACCAAUAAGCUGGUUGAUGGCUGCUAUUCAUUCUGGGUUGGCGCCACAAUUCCAAUUACUCAGGCAACUUUAGUGGGCGCAGACAAGGCUAUGGAACAGACAUUUUUCGAUAUUGGUGCCCUGCAGGAAUAUAUAUUAUUAUGCUGCCAGAAAGCAAAUGGUGGUCUUAUUGACAAGCCCGGAAAGCCACAAGAUCUCUAUCAUACUUGCUACACACUAAGCGGUGUGUCCGUAGCACAACACUCACAGUCAGCGUUUUAUCCCCAAGUUCUUGGCGACCUUACUAAUGAACUAUCACCCACCCAUCCAUUGUUCAACGUACCACCAAAGUCUGUAGCCGCGGCCUUAAAAUAUUUUUCUAACAAUUCCAAAAAUGACACCGAUGGUAACCACAGCUAAAACGCCGAUAACUGUAUAUAGCAUAUGAAUUAAAUUCGAAGUAACAUUUUUCAACUUUGUACCAUAAAAAUUUUUUCUUAAUUU